AUAACCACAAUAAAGAUCCAGAUCACAUAAAUCACAUUACACUGAACUUUUCCAUCGUCGUCAUCUACAUGAAUACAACCCUAUCCCCCGAACAAUAGACCCCACCACACCAACCACCCAACCCAAAACUCCAUGACUCGAACACUAAAACCCAAAAACCCUUUAUUUUCAAAAUCUAAAUAAAAAAAAAUAAUUUAAGUGUCCCAGAAAAUUCCACAAAUCCACACUUCAUCAAACGACACCGUUUCAAUCCUCCAAUGUCAAGCCUCGAUGCGACGCCGUUUCUGUCACCGGUAACACCCGACUUACCGGCGACGAUGAGAGCGCAGGGGCUCCGCCACGCAGCGCGGAUGAUACGGCGCGCAAGCGGCGGAAGAAGGUCGAUGAGAGCUCCAUCAAUGGCGGUGAGAGAAACGGCGGCGCAGGAGAUUGAAGAGAGACAAAUUGAUUGGGCUUAUUCUUCCCCUGUUGUUGCGCUUGACGCUGCUUGGAAUUCCGCCUUUGUGUUAGCUGCUUCUGCUGCGCUUUUUCUCACUUGGUCGGAUACUCUUCGUCUUCCUCUUAGGGUUUGGAUUGUUGGUUAUGCUCUUCAGUGUCUUCUCCAUGUUUUCUGUGUUUGUGUUGAGUUUCGCCGUCGUCGGAGGGUUCGGAAUGCUGUUGAGCACGGCCGUGAUGAUUACUUUGAGGAAUCCAGUACCAAGAUAAAGCAUUUGGAAUCUGCAAAUACAUUGUUUUCAUUUAUGUGGUGGAUACUUGGAUUUUAUUGGAUAUGUGUGGGUGGCCAAGCCUUGCAGCAAGACUCCCCCACGCUUUACUGGCUUUGCAUAGCAUUCUUGGUUCUCGAUCUGUUUUUUGUCAUCUUCUGUGUGGCCCUGGCGUCUGUUAUUGCUGCUGCAGUUUGUUGUUGCCUUCCAUGUAUUAUUGCUAUCUUAUAUGUUUUGGCAGACCGGCAGGCGGGAGCAUCCAAAGAAGAUAUUGAUCUUCUAAAAAAAUAUACAUUCCACAGGGAUGAUUGCAAGAAUAAGAAUGAUGAGGAAACAGAAGAACCAAGUGGAGGGAUAAUGAAGGAGUGUGGAACAGAAUGCCCUAUUGAACAUAAUUUAACUGCAGAAGAUGCUGAAUGUUGCAUUUGCUUAUCUGCAUAUGAAGAUGGCAUUGAGCUUAGAGAGCUUCCUUGUGGUCACCAUUUCCACAGCUCUUGUGUGGAGAAGUGGCUACAUAUCAACUCCACCUGCCCACUCUGCAAGUAUGAUAUAUCGAAGCGUUACAGUCCAGAUGGAGAAGUUUAGACUUUUUAGGAGUGAAGAUUUUGUUGUGCAAUUCAUAGCAACAGGUAAAAAUGUUGUACGUGUAAAUAAAUUUAAGUUCAUAUCUUCAUAUCUGCUUUUUUUAUAGAUAGAAUAAGCCUUGAGCCUGUAAUCUCCCUAAAAAUAUACUGAUGUUCUUUAAGGGUUUUAAUGUUGUAAAUGAAUUUUUUCGUGGUUGCUUCAAUACCAAUAUGAGCAACUUAUCUUUGUUUAUGUUAUAUCUUUGUUUGAAA